GAGCGGCGGGAAGGGCCGGCUCGGUACCGCGCUGCGAGCCGCCUCCCGCUCCCUCUCUCCAGCUUUCUCCUCCACCCCCUUGCAGCUUCUUGCCGGCGGCGGCGGGCGGGCAGCCGGGAAGCUGUCUGUCCUUCUCCCUCCUCCCCCCCCCCGGGUCUGGGUAGGGAUGGUCGGGCCGGCGGGCCAGGCUGUGUCAGGCGCCCGCUGACACGGGACGGGCCGGGGCGGGGGAGCCGCGGAGGCCGGACGGAUGUGCUGAGCUCUCACUAUGAACGCUAUUGUUGCCCUCUGCCAUUUCUGUGAGCUCCACGGCCCUCGCACCCUCUUUUGCACGGAGGUUCUUCACUCGCCGCUCCCCCAAGGCGCGAGCAGCGGCGACAUCUCGGGGCAGAAUGAGCAGGGAGAAGAGGAGGAAGGUGGCAUCCAGAUGAGCAGCCGGAUCCGCUCGCACAGCCCCGCAGAAGGUGCCAGCGCUGACUCCAGCAGCCCAGGGCCAAAGAAGUCAGACAUGUGUGAGGGCUGCCGCUCUCUUGCAGGAGGCCAUCCUGGCUAUGUCAGCCACGACAAGGAAACCUCCAUCAAGUACGUCAGCCACCAGCACCCAAACCACCCCCAGCUCUUCAGCAUCGUGCGCCAGGCCUGCGUGCGCAGCCUGAGCUGCGAGGUCUGCCCAGGACGUGAAGGCCCUAUUUUUUUUGGAGAUGAGCAGCAUGGCUUUGUGUUCAGUCACACCUUCUUUAUCAAAGACAGCCUGGCUCGAGGUUUCCAGCGCUGGUACAGCAUCAUCACCAUCAUGAUGGACCGGAUUUACCUCAUCAACUCCUGGCCUUUCUUGUUGGGAAAAAUCAGAGGCAUCAUUGAUGAGCUUCAGGGCAAAGCACUUAAGGUGUUUGAAGCAGAGCAGUUUGGGUGCCCCCAGCGUGCCCAGCGGAUGAACACGGCCUUCACCCCCUUCCUGCACCAGCGCAACGGCAACGCGGCGCGCUCCUUGACGUCCCUCACCAACGAUGAGAACCUCUGGGCAUGUCUGCACACUUCCUUUGCCUGGCUUUUGAAAGCUUGUGGCAGCCGACUGACAGAGAAACUUCUGGAGGGAGCACCAACAGAAGACACUCUCGUUCAGAUGGAAAAACUUGCAGACCUGAAAGAAGAGUCAGAAGGCUGGGAUGGUUCCGAGGAAGAAGAGAAGCCUUCCCAGCCAGAUGUUGUGGAAGGGCAGGAGCUAUCUAAAUGCUCACCUGAAACAUCUCUGAUGCCAGAUUGCAACAGCUGGAACAUAGCUCACAGGAGGUUGUCCAUCUUCCGCUCCCUCAGGCACAUGAGGCAGGUUCUGGGGGCAUCAGCAUUCCGAAUGCUGGCUUGGCAUGUUCUGAUGGGGAACCAGGUUAUCUGGAAAGCUCGAGACAUGGAUCUUGUCCAGUCUGCUUUUGAUGUGCUACGGACCAUGCUGCCUGUGGGGUGCGUGCGGAUCAUCCCGUACAGCGACCAGUAUGAAGAGGCCUAUCGCUGCAACUUCCUGGGGCUUGGCCCUCAUGUCCAGAUCCCAUCCCACAUAUUGUCAUCUGAGUUCGCGGUGCUUGUGGAGGUUCGUGCUGCUGCCCGGUCCAGUCUCUACCCAGCUCUGUUUGAUGACGACCAGUCCCUCAACAAGUACGAGUUUGUUGUCACCAGUGGUAGCCCUGUUGCAGCAGAUCGAGUUGGCCCUACAAUCUUGAACAAGAUCGAAGCUGCCCUGACCAACCAGAACCUUUCUGUAGAUGUUGUGGAUCAGUGCCUUGUUUGCCUGAAGGAGGAGUGGAUGAAUAAAGUGAAGGUCCUCUUCAAAUUCACUAAAGUGGACAGCAGACCCAAGGAGGACACCCAAAAACUGCUGAGCAUUCUGGGGGCUGCAGAGGAGGACAACGUCAAGCUUCUCAAGUUCUGGAUGACUGGUCUGAGCAAGACAUACAAAUCCCACCUGAUGUCAACGGUUCGCAGCCCGACGUCCUCGGAGUCCCGGAACUAAAAGGUGCCCAAACCUCACUUGCUGCCUUCAGAUAAUGGCAGGGAACCCCGAAUUCCCACUGCUGAGCCUGCAGCAUGUGCAUUAAAUGGAUAGUGAAACUUCAUCACUGUUCUUCUGGUCCUCAAACUAACUUGAAGAGUGACUUGAGUCUUUUCUAAUUGCUGUGAGACUGGACUAAUAAGUGCUAAUCGAUAGUGCUGCUGUCUGUCCUGAAACUCAACUCUAAAUCUAGACCUCCACACUCAAGACUAAAAUACAACAACCCUCAAAAGAAUCAGUAUGAAAUAAUUAAAAUCCCAUCCUGUCCUCAUUAAGCAUUAUGGUGUGGCAGCAGACCUCAGUUUUAGGUUUCAUUGGCAAGACUUGGAUACCUGUGACAACACCUGGAACCCCUUGGAGUGGAUCUAGUGAAUCUCUCUGAUUCCCACACACAUCACCUAAAUGCUUGAGAGUAAGAACCAAGAGAUCAGUGAUGUGUCACAGGGUAUGGAUCACAUGUCAAUUCUUUCAAACCACUUCAUACUCAGAUUUGAGAAGAGACUUUCUGCUGCUGUAGCAUAAGAUGGGGUGUCCUGUUGGAGUCCUGUCACUCCACUUUAUUUAUUUAUAUCCUAACUUGAGACACUUUCAGCAUUUGCUUUGGGAAUCUUGACUGGGAGAGAGAAUUGUAAUGUUAAGAAGUCUCCAAGUGCAGCCUGUUUGCCUCUCCAGAGGGGAAAACGCUUUGUUUUGCCUGUGGAUGCAAAACUUCCAGGUAAUGAAGAUAACCUCAGCAGGGUCAGGCUGCUGGUGUUCCUCUGUCUUCAGAAAUACUUUUCUAGCUUCUUAAUUAAGCAGAAAAGAUCCAACCUGUAGGUGCUCCCUUAUAUAACUCUAUAGUAGCCAUUUUUGCUUAAUAGUUAAUGGAAACAUUGGUGCGUAUUUUUAAUUACCUAAACAGAUGCUCCUUAUCUGUAUUGUGAGGAAUUACUGUUGCACUUGUGAAGGUUUGUUGUUUUGUUUUUCUUUCCUGAAUCAUUGUUGGGAAAACUUGACAUUACCAUAGACAUUUUUACCAAGCUAGAGGCAGGUUUUACCCAGGUGACCUUCUGCACUCAUUCCAACAGGGCUCAAGCUCACAGGGGAUGUUCCAACUUGUCACAAGUUCUGUUCUUAUGUAUAAAUAUGCAGGUUGAUAUUUUUUUUGUCUGGAACAUCUGUAAAAUGGUGACAGGCAUUAAAUCUCAUUAAGAGCUAUUUUUGUAAAAUGGAUAAAA